GCGCUUUCUCUUCUCGACCUAUCUUCUUUCUUUCUCUUCUUUUUCUGCUUAUUUCUUAAUUAAUUAAACUUUUUUUUAUUAUUUUCUUCUUCUCUUCUUAUCUCGUUCGCCAUUUCCGGAUCGAGGGUCUGAAAAUAAGCGGAAAUCCAUUUGAAACAGGUGGAAGUGGAACAGUGGUUUUGUUGCAGAUCUGGUGGAGUUGGACCAGAGAAGAGCCUGAUUAGAUUAGAGGAGUGUUUUUGAGCGAAUCUUUUGAGGUGGGGUGUUGAUAAUCUGUUUGGAAAUGGAGAUUAUGCUGAUCCCGCGGUUUGGGUAUCGAGUUCGAAGGAAAGAUCCACCGUGGCCGAGGAUCUGGUGGGUUUGAGCUUGGUGUGGUGAAGAAGUGGGAGGUUUUUGUAGGUUGGGAGGAGUUGCUUGGUUUUGUGGAGUUUGGUCAUGGCUACUGUACAGAAAUUGUCUGUAUCGAGUGGAAGCACGAACGGGGGCAGUUAUGGGUCGUUCAAGACUGAUGCUGUUGUGUCGGAUCAGUUUCCGGCCGGGCUGAGAGUUCUUGUGGUUGAUGAUGAUACGACUUGCUUGAAGAUUUUGGAGCAGAUGCUUCGAAAAUGCUUGUACCAUGUUACAACAUGCUGCCAGGCUACAGUUGCUUUAAAUCUUCUCCGGGAAAAAAAGGGUUGUUUUGAUGUGGUAAUAAGUGAUGUUCAUAUGCCUGAUAUGGAUGGAUAUAAGCUUCUUGAACAUGUUGGGCUGGAAAUGGAUCUGCCUGUUAUCAUGAUGUCUGCUGAUGGAAGAACAAGUGCAGUGAUGAGGGGGAUCAAACAUGGCGCUUGUGAUUAUUUGAUUAAGCCUGUACGUGUAGAAGAGCUAAAGAAUAUUUGGCAGCAUGUUGUUCGGAAAAGGUGGAAUGAAAAUAAAGAACAUGAACAAUCAGGUAGCAUGGAAGAUAAUGAUCGCCAUAAACGGGGAUCAGAUGAUGCUGAAUAUACUUCCUCUGUUAAUGAAGGAACAGAUGGUAAUUCAAAAUCUCAGAAAAAAAGGAAGGAUACUAAAGAAGAUGAAGAUGAUGGAGAAAUGGAAAAUGAAGAUCCAUCAACAUCAAAAAAACCACGUGUAGUGUGGUCAGUGGAGCUCCAUCAACAGUUUGUUAGUGCUGUCAACCAGCUUGGAAUUGACAAGGCUGUUCCAAAGAGAAUACUUGAACUAAUGAAUGUUCCGGGUCUAACCAGAGAAAAUGUUGCCAGCCAUUUGCAGAAAUUUAGACUAUAUUUGAAGAGACUAAGUGGAGUAGCUCAACAACAGGGUGGGAUUCCUAGUUCAUUUUGUGGGCCUGUAGAAUCCAAUGCAAAAAUGGGUUCACUAGGUAGGCUUGAUAUUCAAGCAUUGGCUGCUUCUGGCCAAAUUCCUCCACAAACAUUAGCUGCUUUGCAUGCUGAACUUUUAGGUCGACCGACAAGUAACUUGGUGUUGCCAGCAAUUGACCAACCAGUUCUUCUACAAGCAUCACUGCAUGUAUCCAAGUGCCUUCCUGUUGAGCGUGGUGUAUCAUUUGGUCAACCUUUAAUAAAAUGUCCAUCUAACAUAUCCAAACCAUUUCCUCAGUCCAACAUAUCUAUUGAGGAUAUUCCUUCAGGCCUAGGAACAUGGCCAGCUAAUAGCCUUGCAGGAACAGUGGGCCCAGCAAGAAAUCUUGGGGGCUUGAAUACCCAUAACAGUAGCAUGUUAAUGCAAAUGUUACAGCAACAGCAACAGCAACAGCAACAGCAACAGCAACAGCAUCCGCAUCAACAACAACAUCAGAAACAACAACAGUGUAUUCUACCAGAAACUAGCCACACGAUUAAUGUGCAGCCUUCCUGUGUUGUUGUACCAUCUCAAUCGUCAACCAAUUUUCCAGCAGGAAAUACUACUGUUUCCCUCAAUCGAAAUUCCAGCUUCAGUACUGGUACUGUCAUUGAUUACAGCCUGCAUUCGGGGCAAACAAAUAAUGGCUCCUCGAGUAUCGGACAGGUCCCAGAUGGGGACUUGAAAAACAUUGGUGUGCUUAAUGGGUAUGCUGUUCCAAGUUCCAUUUCCCCAACAGUCUCAUCUUGCUCAAUCCAGCCUGACAAUAGUAGUUGGCAUGUUCAGAAUUCAGCAAUAAAUUUUAGUGUUGCCAAUCGAUUGCCCGAGCUUGUUUCCAAUUCUUGUGAGAUUCAAGGUUCUUAUGUUACAAGGCCUGCUGCAUUACCAGAUCAAGGGCCUGGCAGGAAUCUUGGAUUUGUUGGUAAAGGAACUUCCAUUCCUAGCCGGUUUGCAGUAGAUGAUCUUGAACCACCAAUGUGCAACAUGAACCAAGUGAAGACAUUUGGUGAUAGUAAUGGUGGCAUAGUGAAGCAAGAGGCCGAUUUAGACUAUAUGGAGAAUGCUAAAGUGGGUGCCCCUGUAUUUCAACAAUAUUCUUCAAAUGAUCUCAUGAGUGUUCUCUCCAAAUAGUAAACUGAACUUACAAUACAUGGUGAUCAUGUGGAACGUGGAUUGGUGGAGAGAUUUAAACAAUUGGAUUCUGGUAAAAGAUUCCAUAUAAUGUUUAUAAUUCUUGCCAUAGAUUCCUUGGGUUAACAUCCUGUUUCCCUGAAGAAAACUGCUGUCUGCUCCAAUAUACAUGGAGGUAAGGACUCCUAGGAUUUCUCUGUAUUUGGGCUCUGAUUAAUGAAAGUGAAAGAGAGAAAUUUUAUUGUACAAUAGUUGCUUACAGUGUUUGGAGCAUGUUUUAUAUGCAGUCAUGAAGUGUUAUUCCCUCUAACUAGUUAUUAGGGAAAUAAUUUGUGUUCAAUGUCUCCCUUUUAACUAUGUAUCAGGGAAACAAGUUGUGUCCAGAGUCUGAAUCUGGUUUGAGUUGGCAUCUUUUCCUAAACUUAGUGGCAUUUCUCCUAUUUUUAAUGGGAAAGAAAAUGAAGAUUUUGCAAUUAACUGUAACAUAAUACCUGUUACUUUCUUUCAUGAAGGUGGAAACUUGAAAGAUUAGUAUCCAUGUUUAGGGCCAUUUUACUAGUUGAAGGCUUGCCUGAAGUGCACUGAAUGGUUGCCAUGAGAUGAUAUGGGCAAUUAAACAAUUUACCAAUAGUGUAUAUGCCACACACAUUAGCUGAUGUCUGCUACCUUUGUUUGUUUUGAGCAUCUAAUGUUUUAGGAAUGCAGAAUUUUAGACCAUUCUAAAGAACCAGCAAGAACUGAUCUGUUGAAGGUUAGAAGAACUAGGGGCAGACCAAAAAGGAUAUGGGUUGUAGUGACAAAUGAUCUAAGGGCCCAUAGUUUAGGAAAUAACACUAAAUAGUACUCAGUGGCAAAACAGGAUUGAUGUAGCUGACCUCAUAUAGUUGGGACAAGGCUUAGAUGGUGAUGAUGAGAUUUUCAGUCCAUCAAAGGUUGUUAAUUUGUGAUCAUCUGUGGUAGAUGUGAGAAAUAGAAAUAACUAAACUAUGAAUGUAUGCUCUGCACUUGCGGUGGUUCAUUGGCUGCAUAUGGCAUUUGGCUAGAGCAAAGCAAAGUCAGUCAUUGCUGCGGCUAACCAUUGUUCUGGAAUCAUCUAACCAGGCUAAACCUUUGUUCAAGAGGAUUCUGGAGAUGGGUUACCAAAUUGAGGACUUAUAUGUUAUGUAUGAGAGACUCUUAAAUUUGCAGCAUCACAAAAAAUACAAUCUCACUGCAUAAAGAACUUAAUUGCUAAGCUUUGAAUGUGUGCAUUGGAUAGAAAGAGGUUGCUGUGAUAUCUAUAGAUUAUGUUGGCAAGCAUCAAUAGCAUGGAAGGAUAUCUAGAUAGGAUAAGUGUGUUGACCACCACAGAUGUAAACUGUUGUGUUUGGCUAUCUAUAUGAUUCAAUUAGUGCAGGAGAUCAAGAUAUAUCAUGGUGGAACCAAUCUUUCCUUCAGCUAGCAUCUUCUUGACAGCUACUUUCUGCCUGAAGUCAGAGUAUGUUAGUUGGAGAUUCAAAUAACCAGAAAGGUAGAAUCUGCUUAAUGCUUAUCAUGCUUGGCUGUUCUAGGUUGUAGUAUGAAGAUAAAAUUCAUCAAAACAACAGUGUCCUUCAAGGUGGUGGUAACAAACAAAGUUCUGUAACCCGCCUUAAAGACGCUUUGUUGUACUAGCAUUGGUUUUGCGCUCGGCAUACGGCAUAGCCCUUCAAAAGUCAAGUUGUUGAUUUCUGUGGUGGCCAUCUAACCUGAAGUCCUUAACUUUUCCAAGAGGUUUAAGAUUUCAGGCCCGUUUGAUAAGGGCUUAAGUGAUAACUGAAUGACUUAUUGCGUUGUCUUUUAGUUGAUAAAAUAAUUAAACAUAAAAUAUUGGGGGGUUGGCUCAACCCAAUUUCAAUUUCAGCCAUCAAAGAGCUCUUAAACUAAACUCUUCAAAAUCUUGUUCACUAAAAGACAAAGCAAUUAGUCAUUCAGAUCAAUCACUUUAGCUGCAAGCUGACGGGUUUCCAAUUCCAAAAAUUGUGCUAACUGCUAAGGUGCCAAGAGGAGGAAAAAACACAGUUCACAUCUGCUUGACCACGGUCGCAGCAAUCAAACCAAAAUCAGAUUUGUCGGGUAUUCAUUCAAAUUUAGUGGUUUCUAAUUGGUUAAAGUUAUUCAGGCAAUAUUACCUUUCUGAUUUCAUAGAUAAGAUAUUGCCUUGUAUAGAAGGUUUUCCGAUGAUAUCAUGAUUCAUGCAUUCAUUUCAGUAUCUGUUAUGCUUCCCCUUGUUCCAUGUAAAAAAAAAAAA